AACCAGACAUCACAGACAUCAGCUGCUUUCAUGAGGCAAACAUGUCCGGCAAACUUCCUAAACCUGAGCUGAAGGUGCCGGAGUUGAGGAUUGUGCUCGUGGGAAAGACUGGAGUUGGGAAGACUUCGGUCAUGAACACCCUCCUGGGAAGACCUGCUGUAACUGAGCAGUCUGCUUCCUCACAGACAACAGAGUGCAGGAGAGAAACAGUCGAGUUUGGUGGUCAAAAACUGGUUGUUAUCGAUACUCCAGGUGUGCUGAACACGAGAAAAACAAAAGAAGAGGUGAAGAAAGACAUCAUGGAAUACUUCACAUAUGUUGCUCCUGGUCCUCACGUGUUCCUGCUUGUGCUGAAGCCAGAGCGUUUCACGAAAUACGAUGAAGCAGUGGUGGAUAUCAUUCAGAAGAUCUUUGGUGAGGAGUCAAAAAAAUACACAAUUGCCUUGUUCACCAACAGAGAUAAAUAUGAGAUUACCAAUGAGGACAGAAAGAAAAUCCGCAGCCUGGACUUUAUUGCCAGACACCAUUGUUUUGAGAACACCGACAAGAACGACAUGGAGCAGGUGCCUGAGCUGCUAAAGAAGAUUAACGCCAUGGUAGAAGACAACAAUGGGCAGCAUUACACCAGUGACAUGUUGAAAAAGGCACAGGAAGCCAUCGAGAAGAUGAAGAAAGAGACCAACCCCGAAUCAGAACAUGAUGUGACAUUUUUAAACCUAGUAGUAGGGUUAGGGUUAGAGUCCAUAAUGGGCAAGGAGAAUGCAGAUUUAUGUCUGAAAAAGAUUGAUUCUGUGUUUGAGGCCAUAGCUCGACGGCUCUAAGCUCAAGAUUCAGCUAAAUUCAGAAAGUUGUUUAACAGGAAAAUCACACAGUCCACUGACAUCAAAGCAAGCAUUCACACUGCUCUGUAACCCCCAAAAUCCACCGGGCCUGUCAUACGCGGCCAUUAUUGUCAAUGUAUCAACCGCCACUGGCUCGGUAGUGUUUCGUUUCAGACGCGUCCCAUACGCGCCUCAAUGUACGGCCACUCGUGAAUUACGUGUCUUUUCUAUAUUUGGCGCUCGACACGAGUAGCAAGCGUUAAGCUGGACAGAGAGUGGAUCAUUCUGACAGGAAGCAGGCAUAAAUUGCAGAGCGAAUCCAGUCAAUUUUCAAAAUAAAACACCAUGAGCAGACUCCGGGUCGUACUUCACAUCACUAGAUCAACAUUGCGUAGUUUAUAACUGUAAUUUAGGCAGUAAAUAGAUGUCAAGUCAAGUCAAGUCAAAGUUUAUUUAUAGAGCACAUUUAAAAACAACCUCAGUUGACCAAAGCACUGUACAGUUAUUAAAAUAGAAUAAAUCAUACACAAAUAGGUAUAAAUAAAAACAAUAAAAUACUAAAAACAGUAAAACUAAAUAAAAUAGAAUAGAAUAAAAUAGUAAUAAAUGUGUUGUGAUGUACACAGGCUAUUGCAUGGAAGGUAUGAAACAACAAUAAACACAAGUUAAAUCACACAAAAAACACAAAACAUUUAACUACGAAGCCUACUUACCCAUGGUAGAAGAGCAAAUAUCGAUGAAAAUGAUCAAAUAAGCAAGUAAACACUGUGGCGCAAGCAAGAAGCGUCGCUUUUUAAAUGCUCCCGGUGGGUGUUGAUGCCGCGUUGAGCACGGACCAAAUACACUCACGCAACACGCCGCAGAUGGGCCCGGUGGAUUUUUUCGGUGUCUGUCUAAAGGGACUUCAGUUAAUUAAAAGGGUCUAAUUUUACAAUCUCCUGCAGAUUGUUAUUGCGUGCAGCUCAGUGUCAGUGUUCCCUCUGUGAUUGUUAAAGAUCUCGUGAAGGGUCAAAUUGAUCUAUAGCAAAAAUAUAUGUUAGAUAUUCAGGUAGCUUGCUGAGAAGAGCUUUGGAAAUAAAUUGAAAAAUGUGCCAGAGUAGUUACUUGUGCCAAUGUCGUCUCCUGCUGUGUUAAAUGAAAUAAAGGUAAAAUGCAAUUAUUUAAUGUAUGAAAUUAUGCUGCAUUAAAACAGAAAAUGUUCUUUGUACUCUUUCUAAAGACAAAUGAUGAUGUGUGGGGUAUUGAUGGUGAUUUAUCAAGUUA